AUGUUUUCCAGUGACGACGAAAACGACAACGAAACGCCCCAGAGUAUGGCCAUAACCAACACCAGCAUGGCGCUGUUGCUCGGCCUCGACUUCACACAGCUCGAAUUGCUCCGCUUCUACUACUUGGAAAGCGUUCCUGUUCUGUGUGAAGCCAGUGGAAAAGACGUGAGCCAGUGGCUGAAAAACACACCCGGACUCAUCUCUCAGAGCCCGGCACUCAAACAGGCAUGCCUGGUCUUUGCCAGUGUACAUCUCCGUCACGUGCGCAAAUCCACAGACUACAUUUCGACAAACAGUACUGUCCACAAGCCCAAGCCAAACAUGCUGUCAGACCGCGCCAUGACCCAAUUGCUGUCGGAGUUCAUCUUGCUGCUUAUACAGCACAAAAAGGAGCUCCUGAACCUCUCGCCUCCCACCUACCCCGGUGUUCUGACCACCUCAGUCAUAAUAUACAUUAUAGCCAUCAGUAUGGGACCUCUGAUGCCGCUGGUGAAUUUUGACGGCGGUGCAGACCUCUUCCAAGUGACCAGAAACAUGAUGGCAAUCUCCGCAGACCCCAUUCUGGGGAUUGUACAGCCAGUACAGGCCCCCUUCUUUCCUCCGUCCGAUGCGGGGAGAAUUUUGCUGCCCCGAGAAGAAGACCUGUGGGGGAUAGUCAAGCUCGUGGACCAGUCGACCGCGUACUCUGAAUUCGACAAGCGCACCCUCAAGUUCACGCUCUCCUGCGAAAUCUACUCGCUUUUGCAUCUGUUCCAUCUUGACACAAAACUGCACUCUGUGGGCCAUACGGGGGCGUGGUGCAGCUACUGGCGCGACGGAUUUCUCCAAUUGAGACGUGAAUUGAACCCCUAUGCACUUUUACUCAUCUCCUACUACUGCGCCUACACGCAUCUGUUCCACCAGAUGUUUUGGUGGGCAGAUCGAACUGUGGAUACGGUAUACGAGAUUGUGGACUAUUUGCCGGAGGAGUUGAAAAAAUACGCCGAAUGGCCGUUGCAGAUGGUCCGACGGUUCGACUACGGAGUCGACGAGUUUCUCACCGGCAAGCUGAGGAAGUUGAGCAUUUAUACGAGGCGAAGUGUGUUCAACCAAAGGAGAGGUGUAAGGACCAACACUAGAAACCAUAGGAGAAGGGUGUAA